UUUGAUGAUCUAUAAACCCCAUGCUGAACCACCCCAUCUUUCUCUCUCUCUCUCUCUGUCUCUCUUUAGCACAGUGGACUGGCCGUAGAUUCUGCCGAAAGAAUUAGCUCCGGCGAGACAUCCGGCAGGUUUCGUUGCCCACUUUUCUUACUAAAGGUGUCUAGUUCGAUGAAAUGCCUGAAUGGUUCCUGUAUAUGUUUAUUAUUAGGAAUUUUGAUGUAAGUGCCUGUUUCUGCUGCUCUUAACACUGAAAAUGUGGCGACUGUAUGACGGCUGGAAAGAAAUUCUGAAGAUUCAGAAGUUCCGGAGGAUGGUGUCCUAUGCUGGAUUUUACUGUUUUGUUACACUCAUCAGCUAUGCGUACACCAAUAAUACGACUAGAGCUGGAUACUCGAGAGCUGAUCAAUUCUAUGCGUCUUAUCCAGCUGGGACUGAGCUACUUACUGACACGGAAAAGUUAUAUAAAGCUGCCCUUGGCAAUUGCUUCGAAGAAGAGGAGUGGGGACCAAUUGAAUGGAGCAUUAUGGCUAAACAUUUUGAACGCCAAGGAAAAUCACCAUAUGCAUAUCAUGCACAAUAUAUGGCACACCUUACCUCCCAUGGCCAACUUGACGGAAGCGGCUAACUAAGGACUAGGAAAGCUCAUGUUUCAAGCGGAUGGGGCUCUCCGGUGUAGCAUUCAAAGUUGAUUAAUUUGUAUAGCUAAAUAUAGAAGAAAUAGCCAUAUUCCCGAUUCAUUUUGUAUUCCAUGCUAUUGACUGUAUUGCUAGAGUUGCAUUAUCUACCUUGGCAUCAAAUUUUGUAGUCCUCGUCACCCUAACAGUGCAGGUGAGGGGUUGAAUCUCUUGCUUCUAUAUUUUAUGCUAGAGUAUUCCCAGCAGAAAA